AUGUGUGAGCAGGCAGCGCGCUACUGUCGGGACGGAGUCCACAAACUGCUCAACAAAGAACAAGCCCAACUCGCAGCGCAGGAGAGCCGCGAGCCGCAGCCGAACCCCCGCGAGCCGCAGCUGAACCCCCGCGAGCCGCCGAACCCCGUAGCCGGUCAGGACAGCGAGUCCGCGACGGCAGCGCAGUCCGGAGCCAGCGGAGCCCAGCCCGGUGGAAUCGACGGGCUCGUCCGCUGGAUCGUCACCAAGAUGAGCGACAACAAGAGCCCCCCGGGCCGGGACUCGAGCCGGGACUCGAGCCGGGAGUCGAGCCGGGAGGUCGCGUCCAGCCGCGAGGACGCGGCCGCGGCGCACGACCACUUCUUCGCCGCGGAGCCGCGCAGGGGCAUCUCCGUCAUCCUGGACAUCUUCAGGAGAGCCGACAAAGACGAUGAUGGAAAGCUGUCUCUGGAUGAGUUCCAGGCUUUCUUCUCUGAUGGAACGCUGAAUGAGGAGGAGCUGGAGAAGCUGUUCCACACCAUCGACUCUGAUAACACCAGUAAUGUAGACACUAAGGAACUAUGUGACUACUUUGCUAAGCACAUGGGAGACUAUGAGGGAGUUCUGGCCUCACUGGAAACACUCAACCUUUCUAUUCUCAAAGCCAUGGACUUCACCAAAAAGGUGUAUGAGAGGGGAACCAACGUGGAGCAAUUUGUGACCCGUUUUCUUCUGAAGGAAUCAGCCAAUCAGAUCCAGUCUCUCCUGAGCUCCGUAGAGAGUGCUGUGGAUGCGAUUGACGAGCAACACAGCCAGUCAGGCCAUCCACCCUCCAAAGCAAGUCCACGGGCGCCAGAGAAACAUUACCAGAACGCCGUCCCUGACUACCCUCCUAACAACAGAGUGAGUGCCAGGGAGGCCAUCCGGACCAUCAACACUGCUUCAGGUGCUGUGGAAGUGAGGAAAGAAGGUCUGGAGGCUCAGAUUAAUCGCCUGGCCGACCUCAUCGGCCGUCUGGAGAAUAAGACAGUCUGCCUUGAUCUUCACCAGAGGCUGACAGACACAGAUGGCACCGCCAGUGCAUCCUUGCUUCUCAUCCGUCAGGAGAUGGUGGUGUCCCAGAAGAAGCUGGGCGACUUCUGCGAGGCUCUGAAGCAGUACCUGAAGAACGUCUCCGCUCAGAGAGACUGCUUUCAUGUGACUGCAGUGCGUCUGCCCGACGGUUUGUCCUUUGUCGUCUAUGAGUUCUGGGAUGGGGAAGAGGAGUGGAAGAGGCAUCUCCAGUCAGCUCCCAACAAAGCCUUUCAGCAUGUGAAGGUGGACACGCUGUGCCAGCCGGAAACCGUGUCCUCCGUAGCCGUGCCAGCCGCGUGGUGCAGCGUGAACAAGGACUGAGCAUGAAGACACUUCUACUCCACGCCAAGACACCCGGACACCCCCACGUCUCUACCCCCCCCCCGACACCCCACCAAUACUGUGCCGACCCCUCUAACCCCUUUAACUCCCUUAACUCCUUUAACCCUUGACUCUUUUUGUAAGUACAUGUUUACAUAGUUCAAAUGAAUUAGUGUCAACUACAAUGAAGAAUAAACAAACGGUACGUUUGACAACGGGAGGUUAUGAGAACGUGUUUGCAUCUCCCUGUGGUGCAGUAGGUUGCUGGUUUCAUUUCAUGUUUCAUUCAUCAUGUAGCAAAGGACCCGGAGGUUUAGUUUUCACGUAGCACGUACAGUUUCGGGGGGUUCUCUAUUCAAGUUUGCUUUGACUUGUUCCACCCGUUGGGGAUGAAGACGGAGGAGGGCGUUACUCUCACAUCAGCCAUUUGGAGCUUAAACUGCAGAUGAGGACUGUAAAGCCGGGCAGACACGACAUGUGCCAUUGUCGGCUCGUUUUGAACCGAUUUUCGACUUUUUUUUCGACAUUUCGACUUUUUUCUCGACAUUUUAACUUUUUUCUAGAAAUUGUACUUCAACAUGAAUCUCGACAUUUCAACUUUUUUCUCAACAUUUCGACUUUUUUCUCGACAUUUCGACUUUUUUCUCGACAUUUCCACUUUUUUC